UCCACCCAAAGACUUGUCCUACGCCAGCAGGGUUCCACUUCUUGUGUGCAUGAAGCGUGUGCCUCACAAUACGAAUGUCAUGGGUUCGAGUCCCUUGCUAGGGGUCUUUCUGGUUUGCGUCACCCUCCCCGUCUCCGGUUACCCACUUCCGGAACACACCUUGUUUGUCUGGUGGGCGUGGCCAGGCUGCAGGUGAGCCGCGCCGAGCAUCCUCCGUUACUCCGGCGCAAGUGUUCCAGCAUGGACGCAGUCAGGGUCUUCCUGGGCAACUGCGCACCCCUCUUCUUCGCCGGCCUGGCCUGUGACGUCAUCGGGCUGGUCAUCCUCCUGGUGGGCGUGUUCGGCGACGUGCGCGCGGACGGCCGCUUCUACGGCGACUUCCUGAUUUUCAGCGGCGCGCUCGUCAUCUUCCUCAGCCUGGCCUUCUGGGUCAUGUGGUACGCGGGCAACGUCAGGCCCGCCGCCGAGCCGCGGAGGAAGCGCAGCGGCCUGGCGCGCCUGGUCAGGAAGAUCUCCGAGAGGAUCACGCGCGACAUGGCCGCCGCGGCGUGCGUCAAGCGCGCGGACGACGACGGCGUCGACGCCGGGGUCGCGACCCCCACCGACCCCCACCCGGCCGGCAAAGUCACGUGGGGCAAGUCCACGGCCUACGACAAUGCCGCUUAUGAAGAUUAUAAGCGUUAUGACGGCUAUGACCGCGAGGACCGCAAGGAGGAAGAACGACGGUGACGUCAUUGAAUCAAUAUUUUAACUCCGCGUCACGUGAUUACUUCCUGUUUCAAAUGGUCGUCAUUUAUCAACACGUGUCCUAACCAUUCACGCCAAGGACUAAGUUAAAGAUGAUAUUUAUUGUGUCAAAUAUUUCUACUACUAAUGUUUAUUUGAAUAAAUAUUCCUCGUCAGCGAACACGUUUUCUGAAGGGGAGACGAAACAAAACAUGUCUGAAAUAUUGAUUCUGUCGUUUUAAAUAAAUGCUGAGUCAUAUUUGCGCUUUGCUUCCGCGUCACGUGACACCGACUUUACCGGUUUGACUGUUGACUCGACAAACACAAUGUUCACACUGCACACACACUUUGGCACUGUCACACACUUUGCUACACUGCUGUACAAAGUAACACGUUUACACAUCAACACAAUACUGUCACACACACUGCUAUACAACAUAACACUGUAACACACUUUUACACAUCAACACAAUACUGUCACACACACUGCUAUACAACAUAAGACUGUAACACACUUUUACACAUCAACACAAUACUGUCACACACACUGCUAUACAAUAUAACACUGUAACACACUUUUACACAUCAACACAAUACUGUCCCACACACUGCUAUACAACAUAACACUGUAACACACUUUUACACAACAACACAAUACUGUCACACACACUGCUAUACAACAUAACACUGUAACACACUUUUAUACAUCAACACAAUACUGUCACACACACUGCUAUACAACAAAACACUGUAACACACUUUUACACAUCAACACAGUACUGUCACACACACACUGCUAUAGAACAUAACACUGUAACACACUUUUACACAUCAACACAAUACUGUCACACACACUGCUAUACAACAUAACAAUAUAACACACUUUUAC